AUGAUAAACAGUGAAAGAUAUCAAAUGCAUCAUGUUCAAACAUAUAUCACUAUUAUUAUUAUUAUUGCUUAUUUUUUAAUUCCCUAUUCAAAUAGUUUUAUUAUUGAAGAACGUUAUUGUUUAUAUUUUCUUUUACAAACACUAUUGGUAUUGAAAUUAUUCUCUUCUUCCAAUAUUAUAAAAUAUAUUCUAUUAAUGUGUUUAGUCUACUUAACUCGUCUGUUUUUUCUUUGUCGUGAAGAAAAUCAACCACAAUGUCAAGAUCAAUUUGGUCUUCUUGUAAAAUUAAACGAUAAUGAUCAAUCGAUUAUUUAUCUUGCCAUUGUUUGUUCAGGAAUAUUUUCAAUUGGACUUCUGACCAGGCGUAACUAUUACAAUUUUCGAUCAUCCGGUAUCAUUUAUAUCAUUUCUAUUUUAUCGAUUUUUCUUUAUUGGAUAAAAUUUCCGUACUCAACAUUAUUAGUAUUCUACAUCAGUAUUCUUCUGCAAAUAUGUUGUUUAGGAAUCUCACGAACCCACUCAUUGUUCAUAUUGUAUCCAUUAUUAAUAUUUGUUACAGGUUAUAAACUAUCAUUGUCCAUUACAUUACAAGCAUCUAUUUAUUUUGUUCUUAGUCAAAUACUUGAUCGUAAACAAAUUAUUUCUCUACAAAAUAUUUUAUUAUUAUCUUUAAUGGGUGAAUAUUUUUUUUAUUCAACAGCUCAUCAACCAGUUUUAUCACAAAUUCGUUGGCAAGCCGCAUUUCAUGGUCAAUCAUCAUCGGAUAUUAUUGAUUCAUUUUUUAUUCGUGGUAUUUUUGUUCUAUUAGAAACAUUUUCAAAUCAGAUACUUAAUGUGAUAUUUUUAAAAUAUUUAGAUAAUAAUAAACAUCAACUAUUAACAAAUGUAUUAUGUUUAGAUUGUUGGAAAAUAUUAAUGACAUCUACUAGUGUAUUUAUUCUUCGAAGACAUUUAAUGUUAUGGAAAAUAUUUUGUCCAAGAUUUUUAUUUCAAUGUGUAGCAUUUAUUGUCAAAUAUAUCGUUGUAAUACUAAUACCACGAACGUUAGAUAAUAAAAAAUUAUUAGAAUGA